AUGGCAUACCAGUUUUUUGCUAAGACGCAAUCGCGGUCUACCUCUUCAUCUACUUCGCCUUCUCCUCUGGUAAAUCGCCAACAUAACUACCCUCCCAUUCACCCGCCGCCACUACAGCCACCGCGAUCUGUUAUCUCGACUUCUGAUCCAACACAUAAACGCGAGGAGUCCUUCUCUCCCUAUCAGCAUGUGAUUCCUGCAGGCUACGCGACUCCUCAUCCGCAAAUCACGAUAGAAACUGUGAAGACCGCGCAUAUACCUUCCUUGACGCGGGUUACAUGCUUGUUGUUGCCCAUCCGCUACCCAAACUCGUUCUACACGGCCACCAUUACAGAUCCUGUCAUCGCGUCUCUCUCACGCGUCGCCAUUUAUCAUGACCAUCCAAUAGCUGAAGUUCAGGAAAACGGAUCAUCUAUGGGAACAGACAGGGUUAUUGGGGGUAUUCUUUGUCGACUAGAGAGACCAGACCUCUCUCAGGGGACUGACGAAACUGCUACGAAUCUCUACAUUCAAACUCUCCAUCUUCUCUCUCCCUAUCGUGGCCACGGAGUCGCAGUAGCACUCCUAAAUUCUCUAUUAUAUGAAGGCUCAUCUGACUCUAAGACUCCAUCUGAAGUCUCGGGGCUUGUCAAGCACUAUAAUAUUCGUUCGGUGACGGCCCACGUGCAUGAAGCGAAUGAAGAUGGGCUGAAGUGGUAUACCUCUCGCGGAUUUAAAUUGCAGGAUGAUGUCGUGGAAGGAUACUACCGACGGCUUAAGCCCUCUGGGGCAAGGAUCGUUCGGUUAGAUGUGGAAUGGGGGGGAACACAGCUUCCUGCCGAUCCAAAUGCUCCCAGAAGCACAUCUUCUAAUGAUGCAGACGAUGAAGAUUGGGAAAAGGUCGAGGUAGAAGAUGGAGAUGAAGGGGACCAUGGAGUUCAAACAUUAGGUGAGUCUCGCUUGCUUGAGAAUGAAGGAACGUCGAGGAAGCGCAAAGCCGAUGAGCACGUUGUGAGUCCGCCUCACUGA